AUAAAAAAAAGUACUGUUUAACCGCAUGAAAAACAUGCCAGUGUUCUAAACUCUAAACCAUUUUCGAAAUUUCGGAUUAAGGCAAGAAACACACGAGUUCAAAGUUCCGAUUCGGACCGGUGAAUUCGGGUUUUAACUAUUUUUCACUACUUUUUCUGUGAAAAUUGAUCUGUGAUAAAUAGGAAAAAAAAGAAUGGCUUCGAGACUGUUUGGAAGGCUGGGCCAACUCGGUGUAACUGUUGCAGUUGGAGCUGCCGUUGCGAACUCUGCCCUUUACAAUGUGGAUGGAGGUCACAGAGCUGUGAUCUUCGACAGAUUCGUCGGUAUAAAAAAUCAGGUGGUAGGCGAGGGAACUCACUUCUUCAUUCCCUGGAUCCAGAAGCCAAUUAUAUUCGACAUACGCUCCCGGCCGAGAAAUAUCCCCGUUGUAACCGGAAGUAAAGAUCUUCAGAAUGUAAAUAUCACCAUUCGUAUUUUAUUCAGGCCAAUUCCUGACUCGUUGCCCAAGAUUUACACGAUACUUGGCGUCGAUUAUGACGAGCGAGUUUUGCCCUCAAUCACGACCGAAGUUUUAAAAGCUGUCGUGGCACAAUUUGACGCCGGCGAGUUGAUCACACAGCGAGAACUUGUGUCGCAAAAAAUCAACGAAGAACUGACGGAGCGUGCCUCACAGUUCGGAUUAAUCCUCGAUGAUAUUUCCAUUACACACUUGACGUUUGGAAGGGAGUUCACCCAGGCCGUAGAAUUGAAGCAAGUGGCUCAGCAGGAAGCUGAGAAGGCGAGAUUUUUGGUGGAAAAAGCGGAACAGCAGAAAAAGGCGGCGAUUAUCAGUGCCGAGGGCGACGCACAAGCUGCGAGUCUAUUAGCAAAAUCGCUUGGCGAUGCCGGCGACGGUCUCGUUGAACUCCGGAGGAUCGAAGCCGCCGAAGAUAUCGCCUAUCAACUUUCUCGUUCACGCCAGGUCACAUAUUUGCCAUCUGGUCAGAGUGUUUUGCUUAGCUUACCACAAUAAAGAGACGAAUAAAAGAGGUAAAUUUUAGGUAUUCUCGAAAAAAUAGAGAGAGGGAGAGAGCAUUUUUACCACAUUUUCUUUCGAUUGUGUUUUUUUUUUCUUCUUCUUCAAACAGAUUUUGUAGAUAAAAUAUAUGAAAUAGUGUCAAAGUGAUUGAAAGUAAUGCUGCUUAUCGGGAGGAAUUUGAAGGAGAGGAAGGAUAAUCGCGAAUUUCAGGUGUGGAGUAUAAAAUAUUCUUGUAAUGAGUUAGCGUUUUAUGGUAUGCAAGUCAUAUGGUUCAUGUGAAAAGAGCAGAAUUUAAUAUUGUAGUUUUUUCAGUAUAAUUUACAAGUUAUAAGGCCUUUUUUUUUAAUGAUCGCCUGGCGAUUUUUGCUUUAUAAAGAUAUUCAAUGUUAUCAAUUG